UCCCGCCCCCAGGACGCCCCGCCCCGAUCCGCGGUGAAAUUGGCGCUGGCCCUUUAAGUGGGGAUACUUCUACUCCCCGGCCGCCGGAAGGGGAAGUUUGCGCCUCAGAACGCUGCCUCGCUAGUCCGAAUUCGGUGGCGCCACGUCCGCCGGUCUCCGCCUUCUGCACCGCGGCUUCGGCGGCUUCCGCCUCAACAACUUCCAUUCGCGGGGCUGGCCGCGUUGUGUGGGGGCCGGCACUGAGAGUCGGGCAGCCGGGCGCAUCCUGGCGACUGAGAGGCGAAGAUGUCGGACAUCGGGGACUGGUUCAGGAGCAUCCCGGCCAUCACACGCUAUUGGUUUGCCGCCACCGUCGCUGUGCCCUUGGUCGGCAAACUCGGCCUUAUCAGCCCGGCCUACCUCUUUCUCUGGCCCGAAGCCUUCCUUUAUCGCUUCCAGAUUUGGAGGCCAAUCACUGCCACCUUUUAUUUCCCUGUGGGUCCAGGAACUGGAUUUCUAUAUUUGGUCAAUUUAUAUUUCUUGUAUCAGUAUUCUACACGACUUGAAACAGGAGCCUUUGAUGGGAGGCCGGCAGACUAUAUAUUCAUGCUCCUCUUUAACUGGAUUUGCAUCGUGAUUACUGGCUUAGCAAUGGAUAUGCAGCUGCUGAUGAUUCCUCUGAUCAUGUCAGUACUUUAUGUCUGGGCCCAGCUAAACAGAGACAUGAUCGUAUCAUUUUGGUUUGGAACACGAUUUAAGGCCUGUUAUUUACCCUGGGUUAUACUUGGAUUCAACUAUAUCAUUGGAGGCUCGGUAAUCAAUGAGCUUAUUGGAAAUCUUGUUGGACAUCUUUAUUUUUUCCUAAUGUUCAGAUACCCAAUGGACUUGGGAGGAAGAAAUUUUCUCUCCACACCCCAGUUUUUGUACCGCUGGCUGCCUAGUCGGAGAGGAGGGGUGUCAGGAUUUGGUGUGCCCCCCGCUAGCAUGAGACGAGCUGCUGAUCAGAAUGGUGGAGGUGGGAGACAUAACUGGGGCCAGGGCUUUCGGCUUGGAGACCAGUGAAGGAGUGGCCUUGGCCUGCCCUCCAGCCGCUCCUCUCAGCCCACGUUUCCUCCCAGUGCUGGGUGCGCUUCACAACCGAGUUCUAGCUGAUGCUGUUGGACCUGACCCUCACUGAAUGUAGUCUUUCAGUAUGACACAAAAUUUUUAAAUCCUGAAGAGAAAUAUAAGUGUUCCUCAAGUUUCAUGAUUCUCGUUCAAGUCCUUACUGCUAUGAAGAACAAAUAUCAACUGCAAAUUUCAAAACUGACUGUAUUUUUUGGUGUCUUCUUUUCCUUCCUUUCCGUCUGAAUAAUGGGUUUUGGCAGGUCCUGGUCUGCUGGCCCUCAGCUGGGCGUCUGGGAUUGGGCAACCGAACCCUUGUCACGAGGACUCUUAGCUCUUUCUUGCACACGUGCCUCCUUCCCACUUUCCCAACCUCCACAUUUGCAACUACAGGAGAACCAUAAGAAGCCCAUAAAAUGGUUCUGCCUUUGAUGAGCUCUCUUCUUGAUUGACUUUUGCCAAGGCUUGGUCACGAAGAACUUGUUCACAUAAUUUUUUCCCCUCUGAUGGCAGAAUGGUACCAGUAGGGGAGAAGACAGAGCAGUGGAUGAAGAGCCUUCUCAGCUUUUGGAAUCGCUUCGACCUGACGUCACUUGCAACCAUUUGCCAUCUCUUCAGGUGUUCUUACAGAGCAGCACCACUGGGUCAGGGAGGGCACAGAUGGUAUUCGUGAGAUUGGAGAGUUGUUGCUGGGUGUUUUUUCCCUGAGUUAAGUAAUGGAAAACUAGUGGAGUUGUAUCUAACACAGAUUAGGUGUAAACCCUGGCAGACGUGAUGGCUUCACGUUUCAUAAGUUGUAGGGCAUCUUGGCUUUGUGAACCCAGAGCAUUGUGUUAGGAGGUUCCAAAUCACAUUGGCUACAGGGAGAUGCUCUCUUUGAGAGGCUCCUUAGCAUUGAUUCCAUUUCCUUCUCAUCCUGGAAGUAUGUUCGUCCAGUAAGGUGGAGGAGACAACCUCGUACCCUGCUUACAUUGUCAUUUUUUGGUACCCUCUCUCCUCAGUUUUUUGGUGAAGUGCUUCAGUUAAUUGUGAGGAAGGUGCAGCUCUUCACACGUAGAUAAUUUUUUAAAGCUAAUACAAGCACGUUUAAGUGAAUCAUAAAAUUUUGGGAUAUAUGGCUUUGGAAUCAAUUUGAGGGUCUUUAUUAUUUUGAGUUAUGAAUGUACAAGCUCUGAAUCAGACCAGCUUCAAUACCCACAACUCCUUUUUCAUAGGUGGGUUUUUUCCAUCAGAGCUUGGCUCAUCACCAAAUAAAGUUUAUUGAAGGCUAUGCUGUUUCACACAGUUAUUUUAUUUUACGUUUUUAUUUUGAGAGUAGACUGCUAGGAGCAGUGUUGAGUGGCUGCCGUACUUUGAGUCAACUGAAAAGGCUUUGAACGUUUUUAUCAUUUCUUUUCAGGACAUGAGCUCUGACCGUAUGACUCUUCUUACCCCACUCUUACAUGGUGAUGUGUGUUAUAUGAGGACAUGGGAGUUUGAAAACCACUCCUCAUUUUUAAUAAAGUUUAUUUGUGUGUACCUCUCCAUAUUUAAUUUAUAUGAUAAAAUAGGUGGGGAGAGUCUGAACCUUAACUGUCAUAUGUUCUGCUGUUGAUCUGUGGCCCCAAUAAAAUUUACUUGUAAAAUUUUAAAAGUCAUUAUUCCUGUUAUGUUGUAUGUGUACUCACUGUACAGGAGUGGAGACUCACUGUAUGUGUAAGAAAAUUCUAAUGGUAAGUGAGCUGGAGUCUCUGGUAUAGCCUCUUACCAAGUCAGCUGCUUAAGAGUAGUUGUUUCUCUAAAGGUUUACAAGUAUUUAAAAUUCUUUCUCCUAAAUAGGGUUAGGAAGCUGUUAGGAAUCAAUGUUAUUGAUUUUGUCUGGAUUGCCUGUCUUUCUGGAAUAAUUUUAUGAAAAGAGGCUAUUUGAGUUUUGACUUGGCAAGGCAAGAAAUGACAGUGGUUCUCUUUAUGAAUGGAAAAAACAAUUUUGUAUAGAGGCUUCCCUUUUUGUAACUAAUCCUUUUUAUUGGUAAAAAUUGUAAAUUAAAAGGUACCGACUUUAA